AUGAUAAUUGAUGGAGAAAAGUAUGCUUGCGAGGCCUGCGUUCGCGGCCAUCGUGUGAGCAAUUGUCAACAUUCUGACCGUCCACUUCAACAUAUCAACAAGAAGGGUCGACCGGUUUCCCAAUGCGCGCACUGUCGCGCGAUGCGCAAGUCUCGCUCUGCCCAUGUCAAGUGUGACUGUGGUGAAAAGACGAGCAAAUGUGCCCAUUUGCAGCCAACAGUUGAAGGUCACACUGAGACAUGCUGCUGCAACCAUGGUGGCCACUGCAGUUGCUCACAUAAGAACGAGCCUGCUCUUGACACCGUUCCCGAGUCUGACUCGGAGCGCGAGUCCCUGACCAUGAGCAUUACUGGUCGCCCAAAGCCUCCUGGUCGACGACGACGAGCCAACACAGUUCACUCGGACGGGGUUCUGACUUUCGACCAGCAUGGCAACCAUAAACCUGCCCACAGGACCAACCGAGCUUCACAAAAGUGUGGCCCAUACCAGCUCAACAGGGUGAACUCGGCUCACAGCACUACCAGUCUAGGUGACAGCAUGCUUCAAAAGAGCUCGCGGGAGCCUCCCAGCAGCCGAGCACGUGCUGCUACCAACCGAGAACGCCGAGUCAAGUCGGAAACCACUUCACCACUUAUGAGAGGUGCCAGCAGCUUCCAGAACUUGAACGCCAACCUUCCUCCUCUGGAUCUGUCGGGCAUUGAGUAUCCUCCCUACAUGGCCAACAGCACAUUCGAUCUAUUCGGCUCUGGCUUCAACUCUGAGACGGAUGCUCCCAUGUAUAGCGCCGGCCUAAGCGCAGCCUCGGUCGACUGGAGCCAUUACGACCUCUCGGAGAUGAAGGGCGACAGUUUCACGCCAUCAAGCUACAGCCAAGCUGGUACACAAAGCUUCAAUGGUCUGUUUGACUUUGGCAGCGGCUCGGAGCACCUGCCUCACCUUGCCAACACUACAUCGACUUCGGGCGAGGUUUCUGAGGUAGAGGAUUUUCUCCCCGGAGGCGAUGACGACUACAAUGGCCUGGAUGGCUUGGAUGGCUUUAGCCGGGCCGACAGCUUCAUCCGACCGAACAGCAGCGUGAUGGCUAACUCGGCCGAUCUAACUACCAUUGAUUACGAUAGCUUCUAUAAGGGAGCCGACGCCGGCCCAAUGGCUGGAGCUGGCCUGUCAAUGGUUGAGGAUGACCCAGCAUUCUGGAUGCCAAACUACAACGAGGGCAUUGCGACAAUGGACGAGAGUCCCGACCCUCUCGGCCCUGCUUCCAUGCCCAGCUUUUGGGGCAUGUGA